UAUUCGUAUUGUAGGCACGUUUUCUAUCCAGCAUGGCAAGCAAGCAAAAGAGGAAGUUGAAAGACUUGUCCGUGGAUGAGUUCCUGGUGUCUGGCUUUGAUUCAGACGGAGACGACUCUGAUUCGGAUGGAGAAGAGGAUAUCCAACAGAAUGGCAAGAAGAAGAAAACUGACCCUAAACCUGACCCUACUGACACGAUCUCCAAGAAGAAAGGCAAGGCGACUGAACACAAGGACCAGUUGGCUAGGCUUCAGGCAAAGGAUCCAGAAUUCUACAAGUUCUUGAAGGCCAAUGACCAGAAGCUGCUGAACUUUGACGACUCAGACAGCUCGGAGGAUGAGGAUGAGGAGAAGUAUCACACCCUACCCUCUGAGCUAGAGGAGGCUAAUUCUGAUGAGGAAGAAGAUGUACCUGCCAAGUCGAAGAAAGCUGAAUCCAUCCCAGUCACAGAGAAGAUGAUUACUGAGUGGAAAGCGGCUCUGAGAGCUGAACCCUCCCAGCGACUCUUCAGAGAAGUCACUCAGGCGUUCAAGGGCGCUGUAGCAACAACGAAAGGCGAGAGUGAUGAGCAGUGCCGAUAUGCUGUGUCCGAUAGUGCAGUGUUCAAUUCGCUGGUGCUGUUCUGCAUAAGAGAUAUUCCAGGGGCUUUGCAGAGGAUGCUUGACCUCAAGUCACUUGAGAAACAAGACCAGAAGAAACUGAUAUUACCAUCAUCUAGUAAGAGGUGGCAGAAGAACAUGCUUGACAUCAAAAUGUAUCUUAGUGGUCUUCUUCAGCUCUUGUCCAGCCUGACUCAGGCGACAGUGAUUGCCGCUGUUCUCCGACACAUUCACCAGAUGGUGCCCUACUACCUGUGUCUGGCCAAACAGUGCCGAUUCUUGCUGAAGCACCUGGUGAAGCAGUGGAGCACAGGAGAGGAGACCGUCAGGGUUCUGGCCUUCCUGGCCCUCAGCAAGAUCUGCCGUCACAAGCAGGAUCUCUACCUCACCGUCGUCCUAAAGCAAAUGUACAUCGCCUACGUGCAGAACUGCAAGUUCACCUCCCCCACCAUCCUGCCCCUGAUCAGCUUCAUGCAGCGCACCCUGACCGAGAUGUACGCGCUGGACACGCAAGUGUCCUACCAGCACGGCUUCAUCUACAUCCGUCAGCUGGCCAUCCACCUCAGGAAUGCCAUGACUAUGAAGAAGAAGGAGACGUACCAGUCGGUGUAUAACUGGCAGUACGUGCACUGCCUGCACCUGUGGUGCCGUGUGCUGAGCUCCCUCCACCCCAGCGACAUCCUGGAGCCCCUCAUCUACCCACUGUGCCAGGUCAUCGUGGGCUGCAUCAAACUGGUGCCCAUCGCCCGCUACUACCCGCUGCGGCUGCACUGCGUGCGCGCCCUCACCCUCCUGUCCUCCAGCACCAGGACCUUUGUGCCCGUGCUGCCCUUCCUGCUGGAGAUCCUCCAGCAAGAAGACUUCAACAAGAAGCCAGGCCGCAUGAGCGUCAAGCCCAUCAACUUUGACGUGAUCUUGAAGCUGAGCAAGACCAACCUACAGGAGAAGGCCUUCAAUGACGGCCUGAUCGAGCAGAUCUACGACCUCAUGCUGGAGUACUUCCACACGCAGGCGUGCACCAUCGGCUUCCCUGAGCUGGCUCUCCCCACAGUCAUCCAGCUGAAGGCUUUCCUGAAGGAAUGCAAAGUGGCCAAUCACUGCAAGCCGAUCCGGCAGCUCCUGGAGAAGAUACAGGAGAACAGCAACCACAUCACGAGCAAGAGGCAGCGGGCCGCCUUCGCCGUGGCCGACGGCACCGCCGUGACUGCCUGGGAGAAGCAGACGCGAGAGGAAGGCACCCCCCUCACCAAGUACUACAUCCAGUGGAAGAAGCUCCGCGAGAAGGAGGUCCAGAUGGAGAUCUCCGGCAAGGAGAGGAUGAUGGACCUGAACCUGCCUGAGAUCAACCGCAAGCUGAUCAAGGAGAAGAAGAAGGACAAGAAGGAGUUCAAGGGCCUGUUCGAGUCGGACAGCGACGACGACGGGGCCGAGCCCGUGCUCAAAAUCAAAGAGAAAGCUGGGGAGGAAGAUUCAGAUCUCGAGGCCGAGCUGGAGGACCUGUCGGACAUGAGCGGCGAUGACGAUGACGACGAGUAUGCCGGAGAGGAAGACUCGGAGGAUGACGACGAUGACAAACCUUCAGGUCAGUGUUGUCCAUCACCCCUUUCAGUCAAACUGUCAAGCGUGGACCUGCAGGAGAUCGCCGAGGGAGACGAGGACGUGGUGGAGGACUUGGAGCUGUCCGACCAGGACUGA